UAUUUGUCAAUAACGCGAUCGAAUAACUCGCCGGAUAAACUUUCGACAUUAUUUAUCAACGAGGAAAUUAAGUCCCGAGUUUUUCUCUCAGCAACAUCCCUUGCGAACGUGAGAAAUCGAAGAGAAAGCUGCCGUGCCACCUUUGGAACGCUUUAUUAACUCCUUAGCGUGUCAACGGCAGUAAUCUACACUGAUCCAGUAUGGCGUUUGUCGUCGCAGCAGCUGCUUGCGUUAUUUCAAAAUAUUACUCGUUCUGUGGCAAUUGAAGAGCCGGUGGGCGAAAAGUGCAACGUGCACGUUACGUGAAAGUCACCGGUAAUCGUCGAGCUCCCCGUGCAAUUCGUAGUCUCAAUCAUCAUGACGGAUCGGACCGAAUUGAGAAUGAAUGUGGCCGCGUUAAAACGAGUUGACCCCUACGUCAAGGAUAUUCUGGAGACCGCAACCCACGUAGCCCUGUAUACAUUUAACGCGGACGAAAACGAAUGGGAGAAGACCAACAUCGAGGGUGCCCUGUUCGUCUAUUCAAGAAACGGCGAGCCGUACAACAGUAUUCUCAUAAUGAACAGAUUAAACACGAACAAUCUGGUUGAGCCGGUUGCUCAGGGCUUAGACUUGCAACUGCAGGAGCCGUUCCUGCUCUACAGAAAUUCCAGAUGCAAUAUCUACGGUAUUUGGUUUUACGAGAAGGAGGAGUGCGUACGCAUCGCGAAUACGAUAAACAAACUCCUGAAGGAGUCGGAAGAGAGUCGCAAAGUGAACAGCAAGCCAUUAGCCGUGAAGGCUAAGAAAACUUCGGGACCUAAUGUGAAUAAUGUAGAUAUAUUCAGUAUGCUCAGUAAGGCGCAAGAAGACUUCAAUACAAGUAGAAGCUCAGGUGGUGGGGGUGGCAACGACAGUAUGGUGACCGGGACGAAGUCUCCAUUGGCCACACCCACGGACGGUAUUCCCGGGCCGUUGAAUGCGCCUUUGGGGCCCGAUGUCACCUCGCAAAGUGUAAUGGACUUCUUCGCUAAAGCUAAGGUGAACACCGGGCAUUUCAAAGCGGGCGACCAACCCACUCCCGGAGGUGCGGUGGUGGUGGAGAACAAACCUCUGCUCGCGCGUCUAAUGUCUCACCCGGCGGCGCACACUCUGGAACAUAUUGAGAAACAACAGAGAUCCAUAACGCCGCAGCCGUCUACCCAUCACCAGUCACAGCCACCGUCGGCGAGCGUGCUGACUCCGAACAACGUGAGCAGCAUCUCCUCGUCGAACAGGUCCAAGAGACGGAACAAAGCGAUUCCGCAGCAAGACUCGGUCACGCUCAUGUCCACGCCAGCGCCGAUGUCUCAGGAACUUCAGCUGUCGGUGAAUCAGAGCGAUUCGAACGGCUCGACCGGAUUUCUCAGGAUACAGUCUCCGACCAGCACAGUGUCGUCUUCUACUCUGAGAAAUCAGGCGACCACCUCCAACAUUAUCAACGCCAACAAUGCCAAUCCGCUCGCGUCAUUAUUUGCUCACGCAACGGGAAACACGUCAUCAGACGACAUUAUACCGGCGCCUACGUUGUCAGGAAGAGGAUCGGCACCGGCGUUGAUGCCUCCCGUUAUGUUCGCCGCGCCCAGUCCGCCGGAGUCCUUAAGCAGACCGUUAGAACCGUUGACGAAGAAUCAGCUUUUGCAAGCGUUCAACUACUUGUUGAAAAGCGAUCCUGAUUUUAUCAACAAACUCCACGAGGCUUACGUCAAGUCUUUCGGAGAGAUACUCUCUUAAGUCUGCUAUCAUCGCGACCGAGCCCGCCAGACGGGUUGACAGGCGACUGAUUUCAAGUGAUUCAUGCUAAAUCUCAAUAUUCCUAUGUUACAUGCAUGUACAUAGAUGACAAGAAGAAAAAUAUUAAUGUGUCACGCUCGAAAUUCGAUUGACGCGGGAAGGCAAAAACACCGUCUUUUUUUUUUUUUCUUUCUAAAGGAAAGAGGCCGAAACAACACUGGUAACAUGAAUCGAGGGCGAUACAUACCUUGAGCAGUAUUUUUAUAAAACGAUCCGGCACACACACACACCCUCUCCGUGUCGGGUGGAUCGACGUACGUAGGGACGGUUAACGCGCGUGUAAACGCGAGUUGGACGCGCGCAACCGCGAGAAAUUUGCCGGGAAAAAUGGGGGGGGGGAUGGUGUACAUGAGAUAUGAUGAGCGAUUUUUAAACUGUGAUGCCAAAACAUUUAUAUUAUACUCGCGUUUUAUGGUUGAAAAAAUUUCGAUGCAACACGUGAAAGCGUUUCUGAUCGAACGGAACCACCUAUUUUACAGAGUAAUGACGUAUCCUUCCUGUAUAUCGGAUACCGAUGUGGUAUGUGGCGUGUUAAUGAUGACAAGGAGCAAAUAAAUAGAGGCAGAACCCUGAGAGAAAAAAAAAAGACGCUUAAAAUACAUCUUUACUUUCAUCAUUCUCGUUCAUUCCUUACACAAAAGUAACACGUGUGUAUAUGUGUAUGUGUGUGUGUGUGUGUGUGUGUGUGUAAAACGGCGCCCAUGUGUUAUACAUAAGUAAACGUCCUAGAUAUAUUUAUUUUAUUAUCGUUAUUAUGUCGUACUAUCACAAUAUAGUGUUUACAUUGGAA